AUGCCUAAAAAUGCCGAUUACUCCCGCAAAGUCAGUGUUAGCGUUGGUUCUGUUCUAAACCAGCAAGAAGCCGCCGUGGCUGCAGCCAAGGCCAGCACCGAUCAUCCGCAUGGAGCAGUGGGCGCAAGAUCCGUAUCCGCCUAUGACGAUCCUACGGCUCUACGACUCCACUCCUCAAUGCUGAAUAACUACCCAUCCCGAAUUGACAUCAGCAGUUUCCAUGGCGAAAAAAUUAACAGUGCAGCCAUUUCAUAUCUGCAGCCUGAUCUCAGUCGCGGAACUGUUGCAAAACUACGGGUGAUUUUGGGUGCCGACUAUGACGAUGCUUGGAUGUCGGUAGAACCUCGACCGCCAGGUAACGAAUCAACUGGGUACCCACCGUCAUCAUCCAAACAAAACCUCCUACGACAGGUGGAAGCAAUGAAUUUCAGCAUUUUUGACGAGUCCCCUGGGGCUAUGCAUCAGGAGAUUCCGUUGAGUGAGAAGGAGUCAAACAUACUAAGGAGGUGGUUGGUACAACGCGCCGACUGUCCUGUGCAAUAUGUGUGGCGAGACAAUGGAAAUCGGUACUGGCCACGGUGGAUUCGGCAUGCUGUUUGCAAGGAGGCUGUUGCCUGCUCCUGGCCUCCUGGAAUGCAGUGCAAGCCCAGUGGAACCAAAACUCUGACAUUGCUUAGAUGGGUGAGUUGA